AUGUCCGAUGCUCUGCUAUCCAGUAAUUCAAGCGGCACAACCAGAAAGUUCUCCAUAGCCUUGGAAACACUGUAUUGCGUGUUUUUUAUCGUUGGAAUCAUCGAAAAUGCCCUUGUAUUCCAUAGAAUCAGAAAAACGAAACCAAGACGCAAAUUGACAACAAACCAACUACUGAUGCUUCAUUUGGUGGUGGUGGAUAUUUUGAUUUUAAUGACGUUGACACCAGCAGUUUUGUACUCAGCAGUUGACAUCACGCACACGUCCUUUAUUACAUGCCGGAUAAUGCUUCCAAUGGUCAUGUUUUAUCCAUACAUACGAGUGUUUUCCCAGGUUAUUAUCGCUUUGGAAAGAAGGCGCUCAGUGGUGACACCCCUUCACCCUCGCUUCACUACAACAGCAAUCGUAAGUAUGUUGUGCCUGUGCUGGUUGCUUUCAGCGGUUUUUACAGCACCCAUUGUCUGGAAUGCGGCGCUUGGUCCUCGUUCCUGUGGAAAUGAGAAGUCAGCGCCAAUUCCCAGUCUUCGACUCAUCCUUUACACGAGCAAAAUAUUCCUGCACUUUGUCAUACCAAUGACUAUUAUUACAGCUUGUUAUGUCCAGGCUGGAUUGGCUUCGAAAAAAUCAAGAUACAACAUUUUCAAAGCAUCACAAAUGAAAAGCUGCGCGUUGCAACGUGAAGCGAGUCGUCUGCAAAAUAAGCGCGUGUGCAAAGCCUUUGCAAUCAUGGUCGUUGUGUUUGCCGUCUGCACAGCACCAUUAAAUGCCAUAUGCAUGUGGAUAGCUUAUGGUAGCGGCAAAAAUGAAGUAUUAGAAAAUCAGGCCCUGUAUUGCUUAGUUGCCAAUUUCCCCGUGCUCUUCGCAAGCUUUCUGGAUCCUAUAAUUUACGGAACCUUCUGCUUCCGUCGCCGCGGUACGUAUAGAUCUAAAAUGAAGAAAGCAUGGGACAAACUUUUGAGAAGGAAAUAA